CAGAACUCGACAAAAUGGUGGUUGUUUUCAUGUGAAUUUGAUUGAAAUACAAAAAAUGACGAGCUUAAUUGACAAAAUAGAGUUGCUAAUCAAGAGAGAAAAAACCACUCCGGAGCGAAAGAAAAAAGAAGACGCUUCAAAAUCCUCCAGUGAAAUUCUUUCAGAGCUAUUCAGUGCCUUCAACGCCGAUCCUCCCAAAAUCGAUGAAGCUUCUCUGAAGAAAUCAAAGAAAAACAAAAAGAAACAUAAGAAGGAGAAGAAGAAACGGAGUCGGAGCAGUAGCAGCAGCAAUUCUGAUGAUAGCGACUACUCUCCCAAGCACAAGAAACGGAAAAAGAGCAAGUCUAAGAAAAAGCGCGAUAGGUCGCGGUCAAGCACACCUAGCAAAAGCAACAUACCGCCUAAAAUUAAAGCCGAUUUAGAGGCGAUAAGAAUCAAAAAUGAGUCCGGUCGCAUUAGCUCUGAUGAUUUGCGCCACGAAAUAAAGCUUAAAACAGAACCUAAAGAAGUACAACACCGGAGAGUCUCUAUUAAAAUAGAAGAGCCGCAAAACUACAGCGUCGACGUUUCUAACUUCGAUGCUAGUCUCAUUCCUAUGCCAGAUUCUCCUAAACACGAGGACUUACGUCAAAAGUUAGACAGUAAAAAACAAGAAGCUGAAGACAAGUCUAAGAGUAAAAUUCAAAUUAAGAAUUUGAAGUUUAGUGCAGUGUUUGAGGAGACUGUUAAGAAAGCAGAGGAAGAAGCCAGGAAGAAAGCUGAGAAGUUUGAGGAAGGUGAAUACACAGACUCGUCCAGCAGUAGUGAGAAGCCAGAAGUUCCCAAUGCAGAGUUCCCCAAAUCCUCGGAUCCUGGAGGUAUACUUAAGAAGCAAGCCGCAGAAGAGUCUAAAGUGUCAGAUGAAGAUAGGACUGAUAGGAGCCACUCUAAGAAAUCCAAAGAAAGCACCCACAAAUCUUCAAGAAGGGACAGAAGCAGAUCCAGAAGAAGGUCAAUCAGCAAGUCCCGCCGCUCCCGCUCCCGGUCCGCUUCGCGCCGCCACCGUCGCUCUCGCUCGCGCGGCCACGAGCGGUCGCGGCGCCGCUCGCGGUCGCGGUCGCGUGAGCGGGACCGACACGAGCGGGACAGGCACCGGCCGAGGCAUGUGUCGCCGAGACACAGGGGGAGGAGGUCCAGGUCGCCAACCGGGGUGAAGCUAGCAGACAGCGAGAAGAAGCGUCUUCUAGAAGUAGCGAGAAGGAACGCCAUCAACAUGCUGAAGAACGGCGCCGUGCCCGCCGGCGCUGCCGCGUUACCGCCGCACACUAGGAACCAGGUCAUGGCUGCCAUACAAUCAGGAGGUAAAUCCGUCGACGAGCUAACAGAUUUCUGCAAGCACUUGUCAAAGAAAGAAGCCCUCGGAGAACUGUCUUCCGUCUCAUCUCACGACGAAGACAUGAGCGAGAACGAAGAUACGCUCGCUUUCCAUCAUCCAUUCCUUGUCAAAGAGAAGGCUCCUAUUGUUAUGAAUAUAAGGGGCGGAGCGCCACUCCCGAUCAAGACCAAUCCACUGCCCAUAGCCAACAAGGAAGAGCUGCGACUACAAUUCCCCGUGUCUUCAGGGUCGCAACACAGGGAAAAGGCCUCUGAAUGGGUACCCGUUUCACCGCCGAAAAAAGAUAUGCAAGUUGCGAAACUGAACUCGAAAACAACAGCCGCCAAACCCGCUGCUAUCGCUCCUGCGGAAACUGCUGUGACUAAAGCGGCGCCGCUGGCGCUGCCCGCGCCGCCCGCGGCCGCGCCGGCGCCGGCGCCGCCGCCCUACAUGAAGGGGUUCACCACCGGCACGCAACUAGCUUCAGUUCCGACACCGGCAUUGCCUGCCCCCGGACCCCAAGCUUAUCCACCAGGAAUUGAACCUCCGAAAGUUAUUGACGUCGCGUCGAUCGUCUCACAGAAGCUGCUAAUGAUAAGAAAGGAGCAGGAACAGAACGAGUUGUCUACCACUCGUGGCUCGUCUGCUCACCAGUUCGGCUGGUCGACCAAGGCGGGCCAGUUCACCGGCUCCACGGGCGCCCAGAUCCUCACCCCCAAGGAGCUCGCGAGCGGCACGCAGGCCUGGGCCAAGAAGGAUCAACUCAUGAGGGCAGCACCAGUAGGAGGGGGGAUGGGCAUGCACCUCCUCCAGAAAAUGGGAUGGACCCCGGGCCAAGGGCUCGGAAAAGAGGGCACGGGGACCCUGCAACCGUUACUGUUAGAGGUCAAACUGGACACGAGAGGUCUGCAGGCUAAAGAAGAGGUCAGUACGAGGAACAACAAAGGAAUGAAAGUUCAACGUCAGCCGCGGCGGGGCGGCGCAGCGCCCGCGUUAGUAGCGGGCGGAAAACAUCCCGUGUCUUUACUUGGAGAGUACUGCUCUAAACAGAAACUCGGACCGCCCGAAUAUAACCUGUGCUUCGAGUGCGGCCCUGAUCAUAAGAAGAAUUUCUUGUUUAAGGUAAGAGUAGCGGGCGUGGAAUACCAGCCGGCGGUGGCGAGCGCCAACAAGAAACAGGCCAAAGCUGAUGCCGCGCAACUGGCGCUACAGAAACUGGGCAUCGUCACCCCUUAACUAUGAAACCAUAGACUAUAAUUAAAAAGUUAAUUUCACAGACAGCAUAAGAGUAUAACGAACCCUGAUAAUUGGAUAAAUUUAUGUUCAAAGGAGUUUUGAUUGUUACAUAGUCAACAGAAGAUAUAAUAGGAAAGUAUUGUAGACCUAAAGGCAGCAAUCUAUUGCUGCCUUUAGGUCUACGAUACUUACACUCUAGUGUCCUUUAAAAAUAGAUGUGAAUGACUACUUUUCCAUUUUAAAUCUUUAGAUAGUUUAAUUAGUUUAUGCUCUAAUAAAUGCAAGUUUGACAGGAUUGAUGCAUGGAUUUCGCACAGUAAGUAAAAUGGGCAUGGCAUAGGUACACAAGUUUUAUAGUCUGUAUAAAUGCAUAGGUACCUAAUGUCCCAAAAAUUAUCUUUAGAUGAAAGUGAGAGUGGAGCUAAUGGAAGGUUCACAGAGUGAAGGAUUAGUAAACCAACACAUUACGGAUUUAUGUAACUAAAUAUAGGUACCUAAAAAUCCGGAUUGGAAUGUAUUUUAUAAUAAAUAGAAAGAUGAUGUUCAAGGUUUGAUUUUAAGCACAUAUAGGACUAGUUUGGUGCUUACGUGUUGCUCACCAUGAUUUUAUAAAGCAAUAAGCAUUUCACAAUAAGGCUGGCAUAUUAAAACUUUUUUUUUAGGCCUUAUCAACUUAUUUCUAUGAAUCUUGAUUUCUUCAUGUAAAUAAAUUUAAAACUUAUUUAUAGUUUUAGUUAAAAGUUAGACGGUAUACUUUUCAAGUUUUGUUUCAUUGAUUUAAAUAACAUUACUGAUUAACAUCCACAUGAGAUGAAUGUUUACACAUGUUAUUUACUGAAAUAAUCGGAAAUAAAGUUAUGAUUUAUAUAA